AUGGCACUGAAUAUAUUCACACAAAUUUUUCAUAAUAUUCCACACUUUACACUUACACUGAAGAAGAUCAAACCAUUAUUUGUUUUCGACCUGCACAGCGACUAUACUCAGUCUUUAAUAGUUUUCGUGAUUGUAACACUUUUGGUUGGUGCGUUACUGUUGCUAACAAUAAUCAUUACAUGGAUAUGCCAAUGUUGUACCCGUCGAGAUCCGGCAGUAAAAUCUCGACGACGUGUUCAUCAGUUAUCAACAAUACUGUUUGUAAUCAGCAUAUUUUGCUUAGGAGUUGAAGUAGGAGAGGCUUUUGCAUUAGGUAUUAGUUUAUUUGCGAACGAACAUAUAAAUCGAGGUGUCACGUCGUCGGUUACUGGACUCAGUUAUGUUACAACCAAUUUUCGUUUGGCUUAUGCACAGUGUACCGCAAUGAAUGAAACUUUCAACAAUGCUACCAGACAUGUGGAGCAGUUGUCAGGAGAGGUGAAGACUGAAGCAGCCCGAAUGACAGAUAUUGAUGAAGAGGCAUUAGCCGACGCACAAUCAAGCAUACAGGGAUUGGGAAACAAAUUUGGUGUUGUAAGUCUUGAAUUGGGUAAGGUAAGGGCAAUCUUGUCAAACGUUGUAUUCUUAGAACAAGCUCGACAGUUUGGUGGAACUGCGGAAUUUGAAAGAUGGGUUCUUUUGGUUACCUUGUUGUCAAUUAUGUUAAUUGUUCUCUUUGUGGGUGUAAUAGCGUUUUGUCGACAAUCUAAAAAGGGAACGGUUAUGUUUUCUGGACUUGGUUUUGCUAUAUUUAUUGUUGGUUGGUUACUCUUUGCAACGAUUCUUCCGCUGACAAUAGUGGAAGUUCUACGUUCGUUCAAAAAAAUUUUUUUUGCAAGUAGAGUUAUCGCCGUUAUGAUAACUUGGGCAGAUUUUUGUGCAGAAGGAGGAACGUUUAUAAGAAAUAAACUUUCAAAGGAUAUGAUUGGUACACUGCAGUUUUAUGAAACUUGUGAAGCUUCUCAGACUCACGACAAUACUCCGACAAUAAUGAAUUUGAAGGAUAUAAAUGGCAAAUUGUCAGACAUUCAGAAGACUGCAUCAGAUGUGGAUAUGAGUUUGCAUAAGCUUUUCAACGACACUGAAACAGUUAGUAUUACGUUCGAAUAUUUUAUUCAAUUUUGCCGUCGUAAUAUUUUGGGCAUCUUAAAAAUAAAAGCUGACCUUAAUCUAAUUCUUGACGACGUUACGCACAGCUUCAAAGGCGUUGGAGCUUUAGAUACUCAGGUCUCGUGCUACAGUUUCCACAAUGACGUUGAUAAAAUAAAACAGGGAUUUUGUGAAGCCGGAAUGUUUGGAUCGGCGUUGCUAACUAUAUCACUGUUAUCCCUUGGCUUUUUCAUGUUUCUACUCUUACUUAUUGUUUCCAAAUCAUGGUAUCUUUUCAAAAAAUUACCUUCUGAUUAUGUUGAAGUCGAUGAUGAAGAUCCAUUCUUUCCGCGCGGUAAUGACAGUACAAUCCCAGUAGAUAUAUAUGGGACACAUGUAUACAAUCCAAGAACACGAUAUGCUAAUUCGCUGGACCGAACUGAGCCAUCAACUGGAACCACAAUUGCUCCUGGCUUACCAAACGGCUCUACUAGCACUCAGCCAUCUGCCUCAACCGCACUGCUUGCCGGAGAAAACGAUUGGCAACGGGCUACAGCCCCACCGUCUAAUCCAACGAUGUUUGCAUCACCGCCUGCGGUAGGAACGAACAGUAUGGUGAGGUCAGCGUAUACAGUUAGGAACGAUGAUGCAUGCAGAUACCGAAACUACCAAGAGCAAUUUGAUGUAUAG